AUGAUCGUCAUAUACGCAUUCAUUUACGUUUUUGGAUUCACCGGCAACCUCCUAAUUGUAAAAGUCUCAUUCUCGAUCUUGAAGCAAAACAGCGCUAUAUCAAGUAGCCGCUACAUAUUGAACCUAGCGAUUGCCGACAUAUUUCUGAUCAAGACGCUACCACUAACUUGCUACGCCACUUACUACAACUACUGGCCGUUCGGUGACGUUGGCUGCAAAAGUCUAUACGGCGUGCGAGAAAUAAACAGGAUCGACGGCAUAUACACGUUGGUGUUCCUUUCUUUUGACCGAUUUUGCGCU